UCCCAUGAUGCCCCGCGCGGACAGGUCCCAUCGGGAAGAGUCAAGAUGGCGGAAGGGGGCCGGGAAGCGAAAGGCGGGGUCUUCGCGAAGAGCAUCAAACGGGCCACGCGCGCCAAGGAAAGGUUCUUACAGAGUAUCGGCAAAGCGGAAAAGUCGGAAAAAGACGAGACGUUCGAAGAUUAUGUCGGCAAUUUCAACAACCAACAGGCAGCUGCAGUCAAACUCCAAAAGGAGCUGAAAAACUAUGCAAACAGUGUAAAAGCAAUGUCACUAGCCAGCAAAAACCUGAACGAUGCGUUGAGUGAAGCGUACGGCGACGAUUGGCCAGACAAGGAUGAGGUCCGUAAUGCCCAGGACAGUAUGGACCUGCUGUGGUCAGACUACCAGGAGAAGGUCACGCGAGAAGUCCUGUCACCGGUCAACACCUACCAGAGCCAGUUUCCUGAGGUCAAGCAAAGGAUAGCAAAGCGUGGGAGAAAGCUGGUGGACUACGACGCAGCCAAACACACGCUCACAGCAGCACAGCAGUCCAAGAAGAGAGACGAAGCAAAAUUACACAAGGCCCAGGACGAGUGUCAGAAGGCGAAGAAGGUUUACGACGACGUGAACAACGGGUUGAUGGAGGAACUUCCCGCGCUGCACGACAGCCGCAUCGGGUUCUACGUCUCCACGUUUCAGGCGCUCUUUUCUUCUGAACAACGCUUUCACACAGACAUGGGGCAGUUGAAGAGCAGAUUGGGAGACACGCUGGAAAAGCUUCAGCAGGAGGCAAACACUGGGAAGUUUGCCACCAAAAGGCUACCGAGGUCGCCCGGUCCUGCGUCUCCAUCAAUGGCGGAAGUUGUUGAAGCUGCGAUGAACAAACCGUCACUCCAGAACGACACAGACCAUCCUUACGAAUCGGUAGACUUACAUGGAGGGCUAAAGAACGGCGAGGUAGACGUCAACAUCGCGAAACCGAAACUUCCGAGCGGCGAAAUCGAAGGGCCAUCCGCCAAGGUACCCGGCAUGUCCGUCAAAGGCCCCUCCCUCACCACCCCCUCUUUCUCCGCCCCCUCGUUUAACCCCCCCUCCGUUAAAGCCCCCUCUGUUAAAUCACCAGCCGUGGAAGUUAACACCCCCUCUGUAGGAAUCGAAAAACCCAAACUGCCCAGUGGCUCCAUUAACGGCCCCGAUGUCGACAUUAAUGCCCCAGAUUUUUCGGUAAACGCUCCUUCCUUAAGUAAACCUGACUUGUCCCUUAAAGGUCCAAACGUUUCCGGCCCAGAUCUUAAGAUGCCGAAUCUUAAGGGUCCGGAUGUGGAUCUUAAAGGCCCGGAUGUCAAGAUGCCAGGACUUAAAGGGCCAAGUCUCUCGGCGAAGAUGCCUGACUUGUCUGGUCCGAGUCUUGAGGGUCCGCAAAUCAAGGGGGGCUUGAAAGGUCCCGAUGUCAAGGCCCCCGAGGUGGAUGUGAAUCUGCCUGGCGUCAAGGCCCCCGAUGUUUCCCUCGGUUCGCCUGAUGUGAAGGGCCCCAGUUUCAAGGCCCCAGAUCUCUCCACGAAAAUGCCUGAUAUCAAGGCCCCCAAUGUCAAGGCCCCAGACCUUUCCCUAAAAUCGCCCGAUAUCAAGGCCCCAGACCUUUCCCUCAAAUCGCCUGAUAUCAAGGGCCCUAAUAUCAAGGCCCCAGAUGUUUCCUUCAAUCCGCCUGAUAUCAAGGGCCCUAAUAUUAAGGGUCCAGACAUUUCUCUCCCAAAAAGUCCAGAUAUUUCCCUUCCAAAAGGUCCAGACAUUUCUCUCCCAAAAGUUAAGGGUCCGGAUAUUUCCCUACCAAAUGUUAAAGGUCCGGAUAUUUCCCUACCAAAAGGCCCAGACCUCUCUGUUAAGGGUCCUGAAGCGAAACUCCCCGACGUGAGUCUGAAAGCCGACGCUCCGAGUGCUUCCAUCAACGGGCCAAACGUGUCCUUAAAUGGCCCCGACAUGAAGGCGCCGACCGCCGAAGAACCCUCGCUUCUUGAGGAAAUCAGCGCGAACAUCCCCGGGUGGUCUUCGGUACAAGUCGGAGAACCGGAAGUCAAGGCGAGCGUUCCGGACGCCAAACUCUCGGCCAAGGGGCCAUCGCUGUCGGCGGAAAUACCGGAGGAGCCGCCGUACGCGACGGUUAACAAAGCACGCAAGAUGGCGGCGGGGAUCGAUGUUCCUGAGGCAGAAGUAGAAGCGACCGUCGACCCGGGGAAGGUGGAACUAAACGCAAACGUCACGCCGAACGCUGACGUCACACCGGCCGCUGAGGAAGCACCAGACAGAACUCCCAGCCCCACGGAAAACAACAAACCUGCAAUGCCAGAUGACACCUUGUACUCCGUGAUCACGACUCACAGCUACACCCGCUGUGACUCAGACGAGUUGUCGUUCCAGACAGGAGAAACCAUCCACAUCAUUCCUUUUGAGGAUCCAGACGAUGCUGACGAGGGUUGGUUGAUGGGAGUGAAGGAGUCGGACAGUUCAAAAGGUCUGCUGCCGGAAAACCACACAAAACGGAUACAGACUUAAGCAGCAGCGAACAGGCAACGUUUUUACUUAAACUGAAAAUUCAACAAAAAAAAA